GAGGCUGUGUUCCAUGGAUUCCUGGAGCCCAUCCCCCUACAAGUGCUGUGGUGGUGAAUGAAAAUGGCCCGGCUCAGUUUUGUGAACAAAUAUGUCAGCUGCCUGUUCCUGCACCAAGGUCAAUUAGUGAAUGCACUCGUGACCUCACAAUCACUCCAGGGAAGCAUAUUUCUGUGGUCACCAUCAAUGGACGAUACGAUCUCUGCUUGCCUCGGAAAUCUUGUCCCUCCCGCUCUGCAGAACGGACCCCCGAGGUGAAGGACCUGCUUGUUUAUCGGUACUGGCCAGCUAGCAGCAGCUGCCAGACCCUGUACAAGUUUGAUGUCUUCACCUCAUUCGAACAUAUGAAGGUGACGGCACCGGCCAUGUCCAGGCAGGCCUUCCUGAAAAUGUUGGAGCACAGAUCUGUUCAAGCUGGAAGGGCAGGCAGUAUCUGUGCUGAUACAUUUCAGCAAAGCUUUUUUGAGUUUACCUUCUGUCAGUACAAAGGAGAGGAAACGUGCCAGGUCCAUCAUUUUGAGUGUCCAGCAUGUUCUCCAGACAUGUUGGCUGUCUGCUCUGAUGGAAACCCAAAACAUUACCGCUUCAGCAAGUCAAAAGGGACUGAGGAGCCACCCAUAUAUGAGGACGGUACUGCCAAGUUCACCGCUGGCAGAGAGAUAUCCAAAAGACAUGGGUUUCUCUUACGAGGACUAAACCAUUACCGUGGAGAAAUAUUUGCUUACCCAAUGUUUCUUCUCAGAGAGAUGUCAAAGAAGGCAAAUGUUACCUUCUUCUGUGUAGAUGUUACAUGCAGGUACUGGCCCUACCUCAACAACGUAGCAGAGGGGUUACCAGAGCUUCUGCCAUUGACAGAAAUGAGGCCAUUCCUGAGCGUCAUGCAAGCCAAAGCCCAUACAGCAAAAUGCAGUGAGAUGGGGCGGCAGAAGCCAGGAUGGAGCAGGAAACACAGUGGGACAGGAAGUGGAGCAGAGAGAGUCUACACUCCAGGCAACACCUUCAGGUUGGAGAGAUCUAUCUUCGACCAGGUAAUGCUGCUGAAACGCUUGGAGGAGGAGCAGAGCAUCCUGGUAAAGGAGAUGUCUCAGCACAUCAAGUGGAGUCACUCAGAGGACAGACUUUGGAGCGCAUCAAAACCAGCAGUUUCGGUGACCUGACAGAGGACGCGACACAUGGACUCAACAGUGUCCUCAAUCGGAGGGGUCAGUCACUUAGAAGUCAACACAAACAGGCGGUUAAUGCAAACAGCAGUACAGCCACUAUGGAAUGUGAUUUUCUUUCCAUACAGGAGGACAUUGAGCAGUGGGAUGACAAUAGCUUCACCAGCCCCGAGUCUGAGGAAGAAGACACCUAAAGACCACUACCAAACAACACAGAGGAACUGAUUUGUACAGAAAAACUUGCCUUGCCUCUGUUUUAAUUAGCUGUACCAAAGUAUCAACAGGAAAGUUUUGCUAGAAUGUCAAGAUUCUGUAGGUGUUUUAUUUUAUUUAAAAAAAUAGAAGAGAUAAAUAAAUCAAUGUUUUUCUAACAGUUGAACUUGCUGGUUGCAGACCAAAACUGCUUAUUGCUGCUUUAAAUUAUUAAUUGUCGUCAUCGAAUUGUCGUGAAAAUCUAAUGAAGAUUCAAUGGUAAUUUAGAUUAUAUAGUAUAAUUCUAAUGUACUUUGGUAUUUCCAUAAUAUAUGUGGAUUUAUAUUUGUAUGCAAUAUGCAUAUACUACCCAUAUUAUUUUGUAGUUAUUAGUAGUGAAAGCAUACUGAAUACCGUCAAAUAGCACUGAAACCCUAAAUGUUUUUCUUUUAUGUUUUCCACAUGACAUCAUCUAAAUGUACAUACAUACAUACAGACAGACAAAUCCAAUCAUUUUUCACUUACAUCCUGUAAAACUGUAUAAAGAAAUGUCUUUGUUGUGAUGCUGAAACAAGCAGUGUGAAGUAAAAUCCUGCUUUUACAUCAACACAUGAGGAAUAAUAAUAUCAUGAUAAUAGAACGAUUUUCUUUCUGCUUUGAAUACUUUUACUAUCAAUACUUUACAUUUUCCUGAUUAUACUUUCAUAAUUUUACUUAAGUAACAUUAUCAAUGCGUUAUUUUACUUUUACUUGUAACAGAGUAUUUGUCCAGUAAAUUAUUAGUACUUUUACUUAAGUAAAUGAUCUGAAAACAUCAUCCACCACUGACAUCAUUUGAAAGUACUAUUUGGACACCUAAUUGCAUCUUUUAUACUAAUGCUGAUGCUCAUAAGUUCAUGACUCUGGCCAAAACACUCAAAUAGUCUGUUUGUUGCUUGGCUGCGGUAUAUACAUGUGUGCAGUAUUGUUAUAAUAUUAUAUUUCUAAAACAAUCUAUACAAGUUGAGGUCGCAGUCUCAAAGUUCUCAAUGAAACUAGCCAAGGCUGUGUCUGUGAAGUGUUAAAAUUGAAACUUUGUCGUAGGACUAAACCAAAUAUAUUGUUGGAAAGGGCUCGACCUGGAGAGGAACAUAUGUCAGUCUGAAGGUUGUAAAUGGCUCCUGCUUUGAAACAUUGACCUCUGAACCUUCACCUUGGUGCAUGUUGGAAAGCUUGUCAUUCAGGAACAGAAGGGGCCACAGACAUGAAACCAACUGUUAUAAAUAGCUCUUGACUUCAGCUAUAUGGCUGUACCCAUAUGGAUAGAGUCACCAAGAGGGGGUGCUGUCAAAAAUGGUUCAAACUUGACUUCACCUAUUUAACAGUAAGGUAUUUAUUAUGUGAUUCCCAACCCCUUAAACCCAUCAAUGUAUUCUUACUUCAUUACUUACAAAUUCCAAUUCCAGUAUCUUGAGUCAUAUUUUUUUAAACUACAAUUCCCUCUAGCCGCGCCUCUUGAUACUAAUUAGUAUCAUAUUUGUAGUUUUUCCGGUUUGCAAAGUAAGGCUGUGAAUAGGGUCGUAAAAAGAUGUAUGCACUGAAUAUAUUAAAUAUCUAGUACAGCCGAACUAGUACUUACACUGUAUUUAGGUGUUGUAUGGUAUGCAAAAGUAAAGUAUUUUGAUUUAUUUUAGAUAUUUUCAGAGCUUAAAAACAAAACAAAUCAGCAGUAAGUAGUUCUUCCGGUUUGCAAAAUAGGGUUUUCAUAGAAACACAUAACAGGAGAAUAUCUAAAUGUUUAACUGCAGACGAAGCAUAUAUUACACUGAAUUUAUGUGGUUUAUUUGAAAAAACAGGUGGUGAUUUAUUAAGGCGAUUUUAGCAAGUAGGCCUAUAUACACGCGUUUCGGGUUGUGUUCAAUCUCGGCCGGAGUUGCGUAACGUAGCUCCUAAUGAAGGCGCUACGUUAAGUGUAAUUAAGGAGCUUUAGGCAUUUGUAUAUUCUUUUAUUAGAAUUAGUUUGUUUGGCCGCCAUGAAAAUAAAAAAUAAAAUUUCUCCUGAGUGCUUAGUAAUGUUAGCAUUUGCAGUUAUCAGUACCUACGCAAUACUGCAUUUUGUUAGUAAGGAUUAAGGUGCUAUGUAAGUUAGGUGGUCAGUGAUAUGAACAGUGUAUGGUAUUGUUUGGUCAAUGAUAUAUGAAAAACACCCAUAGUAAAUUAAAACAUUUACAGUGCGUAGUCACGUUGUUUGUAAAAGGCUAAACUUACUAAUAUAAGGCUACAAAUUACUCCUAAACAUCCCCUAAAUAAAAACCAUCCAUAAAAAACUAGUUAUGUCACAGAUUGCCAAACUUCAUAAUAAAUCAAAUCUGAAAAUGUCACAUAGUACACUUCAUUUAUUUUGUUAGGUAUAGUUAAAUUGUCAUAGCUUAAACUAAAUUUUGUUAUGAAUAACAAAAAUGGAAAAUGAACAAAUGUAGUACCAAAAACAACACUGUAUUUAAGAUUAUCUAAGUGUGUGCGUGUGGUUGCAUGUAGUCCCAUUUGUAAAAUGCACAUUUUUAUUCCCAUCAAAUAUUUUACAUUGUCAACACACAAUCAGCUUCAAGAUGAGUAACUGCUACAUAAGGUUAGUCCAAAUAGUAUGCUAUGCAAAUUAGGAUAUGGCAUGAUUUCAUAGUUAAUCAUGGUACUGUAAUUUAGCACAAGAGGUAGAAAGAUUACUAAUACAAAUGAAGGCAUUUCGCAGCCUGUGAAUAAAAUGGGAAGUUGCUCAUUUAGUUUAAAUUUAUUUUAAUAAGAAAUCAUAAAUGAUUCUUCAAUAUUGAGCUAUGUCCCCUAAUAAAGCACUCCAACUUCAAAUUAAAGAAAUGUUAAGUCUGU